GGUAACAAACUUCAUCAUCACGCAGUCUCGUUUUCACACUAUUUUAUAUAUACAUAUGUGUACUUGUCUGAAUGUGGAUAAAUUAAGAGAUUGGAUAUACCUUUGGGACCCUUACAAAAUGGACCACAGAUUGUUUGAUGCAGCUCGGUCGGGAGACACAACAACACUUCAGUUGCUCCUUCAAGAAGAUCCUCUUCUUCUCGACCGUUUUUCUAUGUCUUCUCUAGAGAAUCCUCUCCAUGUCUCAGCCUUCUCCGGCCAAGCUGCCUUCACGGCAGAAAUCUUGCGUCACAAGCAAGAUUUAGCUCUGGAGCUGAACCAACAAGGUUUUAGCCCUCUUCAUAUUGCUUCAGCCUCAGGGAAGAUAGAGGUUGUGAAAGCUCUCCUAAGUUUCGGCCAGAAACAUGUUCUCUGCCGCUUGAAGGACAAAGACGGUUCGAUUCCUCUUCACUGCGCCGUGCAGAGAGGGAGAAUCGAGGUCAUGAAAGAGCUGAUUUCUUAUUUCCCCGAAUCUCUCAAGGAAGUAAAUGCUUCUCUUGAGACACCUCUUCAUGUUGCUGUUAAGAACAAUCAAGUGGAAGCUACGAAGUUGUUGCUUGAAGAGAUCAAGAAACGUGACAUGUCGGAGAGGAUCGUUAAUAUGGAGAAUCGAGAAGGCAAUACAAUCUUGCAUCUUGCAACACUUGGGAAACAGCUUCAGGCAAGUUGUUUCUUAUUCUUUACUCAUCAUUUACAUACCUCUACAUAUUGAUCCUGAGAUUUUUGGAGUUAUAAACAAUCCAAUUAUAGCAUAAUUAUUCUGCAUUAAAAAAACAAGCCAAUGAGACUAUAAUAAAAAAAAUAUAAAUGAUAUACAUGGUUAUUAAUUACUCAUCUCGGUUUUUUAAUAUUUGACAUUUAGAAUUUGUUUUGUUUGAAAUUAGAUGGCAUUUUUAGAUUUCUAUGUAAAUUAAUUAUUAUUUUUAUAUUUAUAACUUUUAGUAUUCUGCAUAAUAUUGUAUUACUGGUUGAAUUAUGGUUAAGUUGAUAAUUAUGAUAUAUUUUUGUUUAAAAUAUAUAGAAAAUUAAAUAUUUUUUAAAAUUAUUGAGUGUUAAAGGGUCAUCUCAAAAAACGGAGGGAGUAUAGGAAUGAUGUAUAAGCUAGUUAACUAUGACAUGAACAUGCAUCAUGCUACGUAUAAUAUUUUUUAUGUACAGAUUGUGGAGAUGUUGAUUGGUGACGAUGCAAUACUCAGCGGAGUAGAUGUAAACAGACAGAACAGAAACUGGUUAACACCAAAGGAUAUACUCGACGUGGUUAUUGAAACCGAAGGAGGAAGUGUUUCUGAAAUGUACAAGGUUGUUCAAAUCUUUCAGACAGCUUCAGCAAAUAACGCACGUACGGGACGUCAACGGCUUAAACGUAGUCAUCAUACUAGAAACCCUAUUCGUAUGAUAAAGAAUCAUAUAAACGACGAGAUUAAUAACUCCACACUCGAACAACGAGAAACGCUAAUGAUCGUUGCAACACUCAUAGCCACACUUACAUUCACCGGAGGUCUUCAGCCUCCAGGAGCUUUCAAGAGUGAAGACGCUAACGGUGGUUCAAACGCGACAAACACAACAAGGGCAACAACAUCACUAGGCCGAACUUUAGAUAACAUUUUCGGACAAAGGAACAGCACUGCAGGACAAGCGAUCAUGGCGGACAGACGAGUUCACUUCACUCUCUACUCUGCUUUUAACGCGAUUGGGUUCUUGGUUUCGGUGGCUAUGAUCUCUCAGCUCACUAAAGGGUUCCCUCUGAGAAACUGGAUGAGGCUUUGCAUUAUCUCAGCUGUGUCUACGUAUAGUCUUGCUAUCGUCUACUUAGCACCAGAUGAGGAUGUGUUUUGGGUCGUGGUUCUUGCGGCAGCGUUGCUCUUGGUUCUUCGUGAGCUUUAUUUCUUCAUCAAAUCGUUGUGCAAUGGCAUUAAGAAGGCAACAAGUGAAACUUAACUGAUCACAUCCUUUUGUUGUUGUAUUUUUAUUUAUUUUUCAUGUUUGCUUUUAUGUGUAUGUUUUUCUUUAUAUAAUGUGUUUUCUUCUCAUGUUUGUUUUUUUGUAACAUCUAAAUUUUUAUAGAUAUUAAAACA